CUCCAACAAAUCGGACAAAACCAAGAAUCUUCAACAUUAUCUGCAUUCUCUUGUGCAUGGUGAUGAUUCAAAACCAGACUCUCUCAAUGCAGUUGACUUUUCCGAACUCAAAGGAAUAUAUCGAAGUAUGAUUUUUCUGUUACCAACUAUAGGAGGCUAAUUUGCAACUCUCUUUCCCUCGAUCUUUAGUUUCCUUUACGAAGGGCAUGAUCUCUAUCAAGCUAUUGGGAGACUGUAGUCUUCUUUAUAGAUACAGUAUAGUUGAUGAUGGCGCUAGCAGAGUAUUCUCUUACCGUUUUAACACAAGAAAGAGCACUCGAACUCGAGUUUCCUUAUCCAACCUUGCCAGAACUUCGUACCGCUUCAAGUGUUGUUCAGCAAGCAUGUCGGUAGUGGUGGAGGUGGAAGAGAAGCCAAAGUUCGACGCAGGCAAAGCAGCUUUGCUUGUUAAGGAGCUCAGGAAGAGCUUUAAUGCCGGCAGGACGAGGAGCUUUGAAUGGAGAGUGCGACAGUUGAAGAGCAUCGAGAAGAUGCUUGAAGAAAAAGAGAAGGAGAUUACUGAGGCUCUUUUUAAGGACCUCUCGAAGCCUGGAUUCGAAGCUUUUUGCGAGAUUUCACAGGUAAAAUCUUCAUGUAAGCUGGCACUAAAAGAAUUGAGUCGUUGGAUGAUUCCAGAAAAGGUCAAAACUUCGUUUACAACAUAUCCAUCAUCAGCAGAAAUAGUCUCAGAACCAUUAGGAGUUGUGUUGAUCAUCUCGGCAUGGAACUUCCCUUUUUUGUUAUCCCUUGAUCCGGUAAUCGGAGCUAUUUCAGCUGGCAAUGCUGUAGUCCUAAAACCGUCAGAAAUUGCUCCUGCUACAUCGUUGCUGCUCUCAAAUUUUGUGGAGGAAUAUCUUGACAAUUCUGCCAUAAAAGUUGUUGAAGGGGCCAUCGAUGAAACAACUGCACUACUUGAUCAGAAGUGGGACGGGAUUCUGUACACAGGUAGUGCAAUAGUAGGUCGCAUUGUGAUGGCUGCUGCUGCAGUACACCUUACACCAGUAACUCUGGAACUUGGAGGGAAGUGCCCAGCUGUUGUUGAUUCAAACUCUAACUUACAAGUUGCUGUUAGGAGGAUAAUUGCUGGCAAGUGGGCAUGCAAUAAUGGGCAAGCUUGUACCGGUGUUGACUAUAUUAUAACAACAAAAGAGUUCGCUCCAAAUUUGAUACAUUCUUUAAGGAUUGAACUGGAGAAGUUUUUUGGGAAAGAUCCACUGAAAUCAAAAGAUAUUUCCCGCAUUGUGAGCUCCUUUCACUUUGCUCGUCUGGUAAAGCUCUUGGAUGAGGAUAAGGUAUCCAAUAAAGUUGUCUUUGGAGGUCAAAGGGAUGAGAAACAAUUAAAGAUAGCUCCAACCAUAUUGUUGGAUGUGCCAGACGACGCACUGAUAAUGCAGGAGGAGAUAUUUGGGCCUUUAGUGCCCAUUCUCACUGUUGAGAACUUGGAAGACAGCAUUGAAGUGAUAAACUCAAAACCAAAGCCCCUUGCUGCAUAUCUCUUCACUAAUGAUGAGCAGCUGAAGAAGGCUUUUGUGCAAAAUAUUUCUUCUGGGGGCAUGCUCAUCAAUGAUACCAUCAUACAUGUUGUAGUUGAUGGUUUACCUUUUGGUGGAGUUGGGGAGAGUGGAAUGGGCUCAUACCAUGGGAAGUUUUCUUUUGAUGCUUUUAGCCAUAAGAAGGCAGUUCUAUACAGAAGCUUUGAUGGAGAUGCAUCUGUAAGGUACCCUCCAUACACGCCUGAAAAGCAAAAACUAUUGAAGCCCCUAAUCAGUGGCAACAUAAUUGCCAUCAUACUUGCUUUGAUUGGAUGGUCGAAAGACUGAAAACGUAGAUGCAUGGGACUGUCACGUUGAAGUUCUGCUUGUCCAAUUGCUUCUUCUUCUUCUUGAAUGAAUAUAUAUUUUCAAA